AUGGGCCCCCUUGCUUCUGUGUCUUCCCUGGGCCCCCGUGCUUCUGUGUCUUCCCUGGGCCCCCGUGCUUCUGUGUCUUCCAUGGGUCCCCGUGCUUCUGUGUCUUCCCUGGGCCCCCUUGCUUCUGUGUCUUCCAUGGGUCCCCGUGCUUCUGUGUCUUCCCUGGGCCCCCGUGCUUCUGUGUCUUCCCUGGGCCCCCGUGCUUCUGUGUCUUCCAUGGGUCCCCGUGCUUCUGUGUCUUCCCUGGGCCCCCUUGCUUCUGUGUCUUCCCUGGGCCCCCGUGCUUCUGUGUCUUCCCUGGGCCCCCGUGCUUCUGUGUCUUCCAUGGGCCCCCGUGCUUCUGUGUCUUCCCUGGGCCCCCGUGCUUCUGUGUCUUCCCUGGGCCCCCGUGCUUGUGUCUUCCCUGGGCCCCCGUGCUUGUGUCUUCCUUGGGCCCCCGUGCUUGUGUCUUUCCUGGGCCCCUGUGCUUCGGUGUCUUCCCUGGGCCCCCGUGCUUCUGUGUCUUCCCUGGGCCCCCGUGCUUCUGUGUCUUCCCUGGGCCCCAGUGCUUCUGUGUCUUCCCUGGGCCCCAGUGCUUCUGUGUCUUCCCUGGGCCCCCGUGCUUCUGUGUCUUCCCUGGGCCCCAGUGCUUCUGUGUCUUCCCUGGGCCCCCGUGCUUCUGUGUCUUCCCUGGGUCCCAGUGCUUCUGUGUCUUCCCUGGGCCCCCGUGCUUCUGUGUCUUCCCUGGGCCCCCGUGCUUCUGUGUCUUCCCUGGGCCCCCGUGACUCCCGUGGCACUCCGUGGAUACCCACGGCUCUCGCGUCUACUCAGAAGUCCUCGUUUCUAUUCUGGAUAACCAUGUCUACCGUGGCCCCAAUGUAUACCCUGGGCCCGCGUGUUUGUCCUGCAUCUCCGUGUCUAACCUGCACCCCAGUGUCUAGGACCCCCCAUAUACACCUUGGAUUUCCGUGUCUGCACUAG